CUUAUCGAUAAGGGACGCGACCAGACCGUCGCGACCAGGGCAACCUCUUGUCGCAACCUACACCACCCACGCCCCUCGGAUUCCUACACGAAGCAAACCCUCACAUCAUUGUCGCAUUACCGCGCUCUAUCGUGCAGUCACAACAAUGGCCGACACGGACAUGUCCACCCACCCCAGACUCCCGACCCCCGGGCUCUCCUCAUCUCCCACAUCCCCCGUAAUCGACUACUCGCCACACACCGUCCCCUACAACGAGGCCUUUGAAAACGACCUGAUGCGCGCCAUUCUCCACGGCUCGCCUCACCCGUCACCCAGAAGGAAGACCGAAGACCCGCCCAUGAUCUCCGCUGCCGACCUGCCCAUCCCCGUCACCUCGCACCUGCGCACCCACUCCUCGCCCAUACCGGGCCUGUUCCUGACGCACGUCAAUGGAUACCACACCGGAGGGAUAGGGCCGAGCGCGCACGUGGUGCAUGAUUUUGCGCGCGGGUUCGUGGAGGAGCGGGGGCUUGGGGCGGGGGAUGUAGGGGGGCUGGAGAGGGCGGUGCGGGGCGAGAUGGAGGGCAGGAUUGAGGACGUGAGGAGCAGGAUGCGAAGACGAGAGGUUGUGGUCAAGGAGAACGAGAGGUUGCAGAAGGAGUUGGAGGGGUUGAGGCUGGAGAGGCAGGCGGAGUUGAGGGUUAUGGAGAAGUUCAAGGGGAAGCGCUGAGGUCUGCCGCGAUGGUCGGUGCGUUUUUGCGGCAGAGUGAAGGGGGG